GGACAUUCAACUCGUGCAGAUGUGUUGACUGACGGCCCAAAAGUCAGAGCAGCCUGUCAUCGACUUACUACCUCGUGGCAUUAGAUCAUCCAUGCAAACAAUACUAAGUAUCUUUCCCCAACACAAUGCUAAGCAUCUUCGUACCAUCCUCCUUCUCCUCCGUUGGCUCCGCUUGGAGAGUUCUUCUUCCUUUGCUCUUCACAAGCAGGCAUGAUUCCCCUCUCUGUAUUUAUCCUCCUGUCAUUGAUUUGUUUCUGUGAAUCCGAUGACCGCCUUACUCUUGCGAACCCACUCUCCACCGGCGACAAGCUCGUGUCGAGCGGUGGCGUCUUUGCUCUGGGCUUCUUCUCCCCGAAAAACUCAACUGCAAACUCGUACAUCGGCAUAUGGUACAAUCAAAUCCCCGAGCGUACAUAUGUGUGGGUUGCUAACCGUGACAGCCCAAUCACCAGUGGUUCUGCAGGGAAGUUGGCUCUAACCAACAACUCAGACCUUGUCUUAUCCGACUCGAAAGGCAGCACUCUUUGGACAACCAUGAACAACAUCACAUCCGGAACCACCGGAACUGCUGCUAUACUGCUUGACUCCGGAAACUUAGUCGUCCGUCUGCCAAACGGCACGGACAUAUGGCAGAGCUUCAAUUAUCCAACCGACACCAUACUCCCCGACAUGCCUUUGGCACUGAGCACAAGUGAUCAUCUCUACCGGCGCCUCAUUGCUUGGAGUGGCCCUGAUGACCCAACCACUGGAGACUACUCCAUGGGCGGUGACUCUAGCUUGGACCUUCAGAUUAUCAUCUGGAAUGGUACGAGACCGUAUUGGCGCAGAUCUGCAUGGGAUGGUGCAUUGGUCUCUGCCCUGUACCAGAGCAGCACUGGAUCCAUCUUGUCCCAAACAAUUGUCAACAGAGGGGGGUCAUUAUACUUGACGUUCAGGGUCUCCGAUGGCUCUCCAACCCCAAGCAUGCGCAUUAUGCUGCACUAUACGGGUAUGUUUAAAUUCCUGGCGUGGAACAACAACUCAUCUUCUUGGGAGGUUUUCAUUGAGCAGCCCAGUCUUAGUUGUGACAGUUACGCCUAUUGUGGCCCGUUUGGCUACUGCGAUGGCACUGAAACGGUUCCAAAAUGCAACUGCUUCAGUGGGUUCGAGCCUGAUGGUGUUAACUUCUCACAAGGGUGCCGGAGAAAGGAGGAACUGGUAUGUGGUGGUGGAGGUAGUUUCUCGACCUUGAGUGGCAUGAAAACACCGGAUAAGUUCGUGUACGUCAGGAACAGAAGCUUUGACGAAUGCGCAGAAGAGUGCAGCCGUAACUGUUCUUGCUCCGCAUAUGCUUAUGCUAACCAAAAAAAUGGUAGUAUAACUGUGGAACAGUCAAGGUGCUUGAUUUGGUUGGAUGAGCUUGUCGAUACAGGGAAGUUUCGUGAUGGUAGUGGCGAGAACCUGUACCUCCGUCUUGCCGGUUCAUCAGUUGACAAGGAGAGUAGUGUACUGAAGGUUGUACUCCCAGUAAUGGCUAGUCUGCUGAUACUGGCAUGCAUCUGCCUUGUGUGGAUAUGCAAGUCAAGAGGCAAACGACGAAUCAAGGAAAUUCAGAACAGACAUGCACAACAACACACGAAAAAUUCCAAGUCUGACGAACUUGACAAUGUAGAACUUCCAUCUAUUUGUUUCGAAGACAUUGUUACUGCAACGGACAAUUUCUCGGACUACAACAUGCUUGGGAAAGGUGGUUUUGGAAAUGUUUACAAGGGAAUGUUCGGAGGUGGCAAGGAAGUUGCUAUCAAAAGGCUUAGUAAAGGUUCCGGUCAAGGGGCCGACGAGUUCAUAAAUGAAGUGGUUCUGAUUGCUAAAUUGCAGCAUCGGAACUUAGUCAGGCUUCUUGGUUACUGUGCUCAUGAAGAUGAAAAGUUACUAGUCUAUGAAUACUUACCUAACAAAAGCUUGGAUGCCUUUCUUUUUGAUGCCACAAAAAAGUAUGUUCUUGAUUGGUCUACCCGGUUCAGGGUAAUUAAAGGGAUAGCGAGAGGCCUUCUUUAUCUCCACCAAGAUUCAAGGCUAACAAUAAUUCAUAGAGAUCUCAAAGCAAGCAAUGUCUUGUUAGAUGCAGAAAUGAACCCUAAAAUAUCAGAUUUUGGUAUGGCUAGGAUAUUUGGAGGAAAUGAGCAACAAACGAAUACUAUCCGCGUUGUUGGGACAUAUGGUUACAUGUCUCCUGAAUAUGCAAUGGAAGGCUCCUUUUCCGUCAAGUCUGACACCUAUAGCUUUGGUGUUCUACUGUUGGAGGUUGCAAGCGGGCUAAAGAUCAGUUCAUCACACCUCAUAAUGGACUUUACUAGCCUUAUAGCUUAUGCAUGGAGCUUAUGGAAAGAUGGAAACGCAAGAGAAUUGGUGGACUCGUCCAUUGUGGAAAACUGUUCACUUCAUGAAGUUCUACGAUGUAUCCAUAUAGGACUGUUGUGUGUUCAAGACGAUCCAAAUGCUAGGCCACUCAUGUCAUCGACUGUGUUCAUGUUAGAAAACGAAACAGCCGCGCUUUCAACUCCAAGGGAGCCUGUAUAUUUUAGAAAACGGAAAAAUCAAACUGAAGACCGAAGAGAUAACAUACAAAUAUCUCUGAAUGGCAUGACUAUGACAAUGCAAGAGGGGCGUUGAAUGUUUAGUUUGUCUGUUUUUCCUUUCUAAACUUCUCCGAUUUGUACAGUUAUACAGUUCAGCAGUCUAUGUUCCCACGGAUAACAAAUAAUCCAUUGAAUCAUAAGACCUGAUGA